UUUGGCGGCUCCACUAUGGCGGCGGCGGGGAGGGGGGACAGUAGUUUUAAAGUAGACACCUGCCCUUGCCUCAGAGAAGAUACCACCUGUGAAGGACAAGAAAGGUCAUCAUAUUUUACAGAUGAUUUUUGUCAAGCAUGUGGAGUGGUACUGCAGCUUGAAUCAGAAAGGAUUUCACAUUAUAAGAGUGAAAUACAUGCUCAAAAUGUUAAGUUCUAUUUUCAAGUGCAUGGGGAACUAAACGAAGUGUCUGGUAGAAAAGUGAGCAUGCCUGUUGAGAAUUCUCAGGUGUACAAGAGUGAAGAAGUCAACAGAGACAAAUUUAGUGGUUUCUGCAACAUGAAUUUUGACUCCUCAGCCAUUUCUCAGACUCAUUUUGUGGAAAAGAGCCAUGUGCAGAAUCCGAAGCAGUUACUGGAAGAACAUCACAGAGUAUCUCCAUCAGGAUGCCAACCAAAGACAGAAUGUCUCACAGACUCUUUCGUGAAGCAGGAACCCCAAAGGAUCAUCUCACCUUUAGAUAAACCCAAUACUACUUCAGCAGCCCCAACCUUCCUAAAAUCUGUUAUUGUGAAGCCUCCUCCAGCAUAUAGAAUGAGAACCUACGUAUGCCAUAUCUGCAGUAUCACCUUUACAUCUUUACAUAUGUUCCGGUCCCACAUGCAAGGAAGUGAACAUCAAAUUAAAGAAUCUCAUGUUAUCAGUCAAGUAAAGAAUUCAAAGAAGAUACAGGAGUCUUACCAAGGUGCAGAUUAUAACAAAGUGAAGAAACCUAGAGAGCUAGAGUAUAAGGUUCAUUUCAGGAAGAUGGAGGAUAAUUACUUGGAAGUCCAUGGGUACAGAGAAAUGGUUGAUUCCAGACCCAGACAAAAAAUGCUGGAACAACAACUUCCACUUGAAAAUUUCUGGACACAACCAGGACCAUACAAUAAUCCUCGAGCAGUAGAAGACCAGUUACCUCAUUGUUUACCAGCACAGUCAAAAACAUAUGACUCCUUCCAGGAUGAGCUUGAAGAUUACAUCAAAGAACAGAAGGCCAGAGGACUUGAUCCCAAUAUUAGUUUUAGACGGAUGACAGAAAACUAUAGGUAUAGGGAUCAUGGUUACAGAGAAAGGGUUGAUUCUGAACACAGACAAAGGAUGUGUGAGGAAAGAUUUGCAUUUGAGAGUCCACAGACCUACCAGCGACAAUACAAUGGCUUACCAGUAGAAGGCCAGUUACCUCACUGGUUACCACCUCAUUCAAAGAGGAGAAAUGAUGAUUUCCCAAAUGAAUUUGAUGAUUACAGCAAGGUGCAGGAAUCUAGAGAAUUCAAGCCAAAGACGUCUUUUAGAAGAAUUGAUAGUGCUUUUGAAACUCGUGAUUACAGAGAAAUGGUUGACAGAAGAUCUAAGCACAGAAUGUUUGAACAAAGAUUCCCGUGUGAGACUUUCCAGACUUACACAGAUCCAUACAGCAGUUCACAAGCUGUAGAAAACAAGUUUCCUUAUUAUUUACCAGCAUAUGCGAGCAAACAGAACCCAGACUCUGAUAGUUACUAUCAGUUCACAAGAGAUUGCUUCUCAGAAAAACCUGUUCCUCUGAGCCUUAGUCAGCAAGAAAAUAACCCUGGCUCACACAGUGUAGAAUAUGACAUUUACAAGGAGCUGCCUUCAUAUGACAAUACCAGUGCCCUUGAAACAAGUCAUAAAAGACGACAUCAGAAGAAAAGACGACAUCUGGGGGAAGAGAAAGAAAGGCCAGAGAAAGAACAGUCCAAGCAUAAAAAGAAGAGGAGCUAUCAGGAUAAAGAUUUAGACAAAGACAAGAACAUUGAGCGAACUAAAGGAGAGGAAGAUAAAGCUGGAGUCAGUUCUGAAAAACUGAAGCAUCGAAAAAAGAAAAGAAAACAUGAAGUGUCCUCAGAGAAAGAAGAACGUAAGCACAAGAAAGUGAAAAAGAAAUUUGUUGAAGAAAGAACAGAAGAGGAAAUCCUUUGGGAUGAGUCAAUUCUUGGGUUCUGAACUUACAAGAUACCCAAGAAUGGCUAAAAGAAAGCAAUACUGAUUUAGAUAAAGUCAGGAGUGACUGGUGAAGUUAAGGAAAGACAGGUAUAGUAUCAGCUCAAAAACCUUAAGGUUUUUUGUUUGCAAAAAGAAUAUGAGAAAAGAAACACAAGAUAUCUAAAUCCAUCCUUUAAGAAAAUGUUUUAAGGUAAACCUACUCAAGAAUUUUGAACUUUUAGUUUUACUAUCAGAAGACUGAAUCAAGAAAAUCACUGGAAAAGUUCUGAGGAAAUUGAGAUAAAGCACUUCAAAUGAAGAGAAGAGAUAAAACUCUCUCCCUUCCUCCCUCUCUCUCCCUUUCCUUUUCCCUCUCUAUGUGUGUAUGUGUCCUCUGUUCUGUUCUUCUCUCUCACCUCCCCGCCCCUCUCUCUCUAUGUCACUCCCUCAUUUCAAAAUGUGAUUGAAAGUAGAACCAUGAAGUCUAAACCUAGCCUUCAAGAAGCAAGAACAAAAUACUAAGAAUGGGAGAGGAAGAAACCUACUGAAGAAAAUCUAAAAGAUUCAGUGCUUUCUAUUUUGCAGUUUUGUUCCCUUAAGGUUGGAGAAAGGUUUAAAAGUUUGGUUUUUUGAAAUUUGUGUUAUUUGUGUAUUUGUACAUGUGUACAGUUAAUCGCUAACAGAAGCCAGAUAAAGGCAAAAUAUUCAAUAUGCUUUUUAAAGUUACUUUCUCUGAUUUUAUAAGAAAAAUUAUUCUAUUGCUUAUAUAUAAUAUGGUUUUCUUAAGUACAGGUGUUUCUACUUUGUCCUUCAAGUUGCAGUGAAAAUGACUUGUUUGCUCAUGGAAAUUAUGUACCUAAACGGUGAGUUACAAAUCAGUCUACAGCCAUACCACCCUGAAUUUUCCCAGUCUUGUUUGGUUUUGGAAGAAUGGUCAGGCCUGAGGGAGACCAGACUUCUCAGAUUACAUUCUUUUUAGAAUUUAUGUUAGUAUUGGUGGUAUUUUGCUACUGUUGUGUGUUAAUGUUUAUGUUUUCACCAAUGAAAA